AAUGCCAUUUAUCUGUCCUAAAAUACUCCUCCCACACACUUUCAUCACAUUGAAACUUAAUUUAACAUACAUUGAUGCCUUGGUUCUCGACCACAAUCCAUUCCAAAAAACAGUUCGUGAAGUGACUUGUUCGAAAACCGAAUCGAUGUUUCCCAUUACAAUGAAUGGAAAAAGAAAUAGUGCGUUCCAAGCCUAAAAAAAAUAUGCUUUUUAAAGCAUUUUUUUUAGCUUUUCCUGAUAAUAAACUGCAGAGUCGAUAUACAUUUAUAGUUUAAAUACUUUAUAUAAUAAAAAUAAUUUAAGAAAUACAUUUAUUUAUUGCUUAAAAUGUGUGCUUUAGUAGUAGAGUACGCUAGGCUGGGAGUGCAUUGUGGUUAUCUGUAGCGACUUGGCCCCCAGCCUUGUAAACUUUCUUUUAUCAACAAAAGUGCGGAAUAACUUAAAAGAAGCAACUUGCCUUCUUUAGAGCCAUGAUUAGGGUUUAAUCCGGUAGCCCUCAAUAAGAAGAAAAAGUCACUACUGGGACACGUCUGUGUACAGAGGCAGCGUUAUACAGAAUAACAAAAGUGAGCUGGUUGUGCCGCGCGCAUUGUCAUUUCUGUUUAGUUUUUUUCGGGGGGCAUUCGAAUUGACAAUAUAAAAACACGUGGUGGGUGGGUUAGCUGCUUGCGCUGUGCGCAUUAUGUUAUUUCCGGGUUUUUUCGGGGACUGUUCGAAUUGACAGUAACAAAUCGCGCCGUGGGUGGGUCAGCUGCUUGCGCCGCCUGCGAUGUUUUUGCGGGGGGCGUUCGAGUAGACAACGCGUCAUGGGUGGGUCAGCUGCUUGCGCCGCGUGCCUUGUGUUUUUCCGGGUUUUUUUUACAGCGUGGGAAUUCACAACCAAGCGUGUCGUGGGUCAGCUGGUCUGGCCGUGCGCAAUCUGUUAUUUCCGGGUUUUGUCAGGGGCGUUCGAGUACCGAUUUUCGUUCGAAAACAAGCAAAAAAAUAUCUGAAUUUUUGUUUGAAAACAGAGAUGUUCGAGAACCGAGGCUGUACUGUACUUAAAACACAUUCUAAAAAUAUUUCAAUCUAACAGAGAAAUUCAUGACACUGCUAGACUGCGAUAUAACAAGGUUGACUGUAUUUUCAAGGUCAUGAGCUUGAAAUCAUAAAUACUGAACAAAAAUGUAUAAGCAGAUAUUUAUAUUUAUCGGGUAUUUUACGUUUAAUAUAACAUGACAGAAACAUAUGAGACUCUCCCCGCAUCUUUUUGUAAUCUUCCACUGUCUCAGAUCCUCUUCUACUCCCGUCCUCCUCCCACCUGCUCUCCCAACCUUUCCUCUCUCUGUCUCUCGUUGUGAAGCCGCACCACAGCAGUCUUGACUAUAUGGGGAAAAUGGAAGUGUUUCAUGUCCUCAGUUCUCUCCUUUUCCCAGACACACUUUGCGUCUGACACUUUCAGGACUCCCCCGGGAGGCAGGCAGGUAGGUUAACUCCAUGCAGGAAAGGAGUGUGUUAAUGUAUUUUUGCGUGCGCGCCUGCUGCAUCACUGAGCCACAGAGCCCCCUGCGGCGGGGAGAGUGGAGCAUUUGUCCUUGAGACUGACUGACUGCAGACGUGGAGCACGGUGUCCGGUGCGUGAAAGUGACAGGAAGUAUCAGACAUCAAGAAGGAGGAAGAAAAACGUCAAACGAGGGAACAAGAACCGGUUUGAAGAUCGGACGGCUCAGGUGAUGUAGGCGAGGUUCCCAGGUCCGAGCCCUGGCCACUGCUGGCAGCUCAUCUCUCAAGUAACGACUUGAUUUCGAGCUCACUAGGCGAAAGCUCUUCAAACUGGCUUGGGGGGCCACCCAUGCCCACUCCCAUUAUUAGACAUCUGAGCAGGAUGUCAGCGAGGGGCCCAGACCCCGCGUGUCCCCAGUCCGUCAAGUGGGAGGCGUCCAGCCCCAGCAGCUCCCAGGGGGACGCCAGCCCGGCUCAGCCCAGCCCCGCCGGCUCGUCCUCGGACACCAACUCCAGCUUCGGCCCACCGACUAAGGCCCGCUGCCGCGCCAGUGAGCUGAACUCCGGCAACAACGGAGGACCAAUCGGGAGGCUGGUGGAGGAGGAGGCCCACGUGAAAUGCGAAUUCCUGCUGGGCGCCGUGGCCAAGCGUGUGUGCCUGGUGUGCGGUGACGUGGCGUCGGGCUACCACUACGGCGUCGCCUCGUGCGAGGCCUGCAAGGCCUUCUUCAAACGGACCAUCCAGGGUAACAUCGAGUACAGCUGCCCGGGCUCCAACGAAUGUGAGAUCACCAAACGAAGGAGGAAGUCGUGCCAGGCGUGUCGCUUCGUCAAGUGUCUGGCCGUCGGCAUGUUGAGGGAAGGCGUGCGUCUGGAUCGCGUCCGAGGCGGGCGGCAGAAGUACAAGCGCAGAAUGGACACGGAGAACAGCGCCCCCUAUCUCCACCUGCACGGCCACCUGCCACUCAAGAAAAUAUCGAGCGCCAACCAAGUGGUGUCGCUGCUGCUGCUGGCCGAACCCGAGGCCAUCUUGGCCAUGGCCGACCCCACGGUGCCCGACAGCGAAAUCAAGGCGCUGACCACGCUGUGCGACCUGGCCGACCGGGAGCUGGUGGCCAACAUCGGCUGGGCCAAACACAUCCCAGGCUUCCCGUCGCUGUCGCUGGCCGACCAGAUGAGCCUCCUGCAGAGCGGCUGGAUGGAGAUCCUGAUCCUGCGCGUGGUCUUCCGCUCCCUGGCGCUGGACGAGCAGCUGGCGUACGCCGAGGACUACGUGAUGGACCAGGACCGGUCCAAGAUGGCCGGCCUGCUGGAUCUCAACACUGCCAUCCUGCAGCUGGUCAAGAAAUACAAAAGCGUCAGACUGGAGAGGGAAGAGUUCGUGCUCCUCAAGGCCAUCGCGCUGGUCAACUCAGACUCCAUGCACAUCGAGGACUCCGAGGCAGUCCAGCACCUCCAGGACGUCCUCCACGAGGCCUUACAGGACUACGAGGCGGCCCAGCACGCGCAGGACCCCCGGCGGGCCGGCAAGCUGAUGAUGGGCCUCCCCCUCCUGCGGCAGACGGCGGGCCGAGCCGUGCAGCACUUCUGCCGCAUUAGGCGGGACGGGCGCGUGCCCAUGCACAAACUCUUCCUGGAGCUGUUGGACUCCAAAGUGUGAACGGGAGGAGAUGCACCGACACCUUGAAGGAUCACAUCAGCUUCCACUUUCAGAUACAGUGCUACCUUGAUUUAUUUACCGGUGCCCCCAAUUUAUGAUUUUUGUUUUUAAAUAGUUUUGUAUUUAUUUAUUUUUUUGCUGUGUUGCCAGUCAAAAUUUGAGGUAUGAAUCGUUUUAGAUGCUGCUCGAGAGCAGCGAAAAAAAACAAAA